CUCCAUUUGCUUGAUUCUACCAAGGGUUUUGCAUCAGUUCCAUGUUCUCUCAGCUGAGAUCACUUCUUGGUUCUUGAUCUUAUUAAUUCAGCUUCGCUUGUUAAAGGGCUUCUUUUCUUUCUUUCUUUCCUUCUCUUUACCUGAUUCCUUGCGCAACUUGAAUCUAAUGCUCUCUUCUCAGAAGCUUUCCUUUCUCUCUUUCUCUCUCUCUCACGGUGAGGAUAUUAGGUUAUACAGGAGCCCUUAGUUUCUUGUUGAAUUAUGGGUUUGACUUUUUGAUCUCAGAAUUCACAAACAAGCGAGAAGGACAAAGAAGCAAUCAAUCUCCACCGUUUGCAAGACGACCGAUUUGAUUACUGGGUCCUCUUCUUUUUCCACUUUUGUUGCCCUGAAUUUGCAAGUCUGGCUAAUCCGUGGUGGACCGGGCAGGUGGGGCUGCCGGGCAUGGACCCGGCAGCAAAUUCUUCUGUGCUAAGCAAACGCCACAGCGAGAUUUCCAUGGACGAAAGCAGCGGUGGAAGAGGAGUCGACGAGGACGAAGAUAGAGACAACGGAGACGAGCCUAGAGAGGGCGCGGUUGAGGUUGGCACUCGCAGACCACGAGGUCGGCCUCCUGGAUCUAAGAACAAACAAAAACCACCCAUCUUUGUGACCCGAGACAGCCCGAACGUGCUCAAGAGCCACGUCAUGGAGGUGGCUAGUAAUGCUGAUAUAGCGGAAAGCAUAGCCCAAUUCGCCAGGAGGCGUCAACGAGGUGUUUGCGUGCUUAGCGGGAGCGGCUCUGUGGCCAAUGUCACCCUCAGACAACCUGCGGCACCUGGCGCUGUCGUAGCACUUCACGGCAGGUUUGAGAUUCUCUCUCUGACGGGUGCCUUCCUUCCUGGACCUUCCCCUCCUGGCUCGACCGGCCUCACUGUGUAUCUAGCUGGCGGUCAGGGUCAGGUCGUGGGAGGAAGUGUUGUAGGAUCACUUGUUGCGGCAGGGCCAGUGAUGGUCAUUGCCGCAACUUUUGCUAAUGCAACAUAUGAGAGAUUGCCUCUUGAUGAUGAUGAUGAGGGCCGUCAGGGCAUUGCUGUCGGAAGUUCCCCACCGGCAAUUGGAAGCAGCGGCAGCGGCGGUGGGGGACAGCUGCCGCCUGCUGGGCUGCCAGAUCCCUCAUCACUUCCUGUUUAUAAUUUGACACCAAAUCUACUCCCCAACGGGGGGCAGUUGGGUCAUGAUGCUUAUGCUUGGGCUCAUGCGCGACCUCCUUACUAGCUACAGAAUAUAUCCCUAGGAGAUUUGAUUAAUCUUCUAUAUAGUCUAUCUGUUGUAUUUGGAUGUUAGGGAAUGAUCAAAUGGAGAUACAUAGGAAGAUGGGAAGAAGAUCGAGAAACCGCGUGGUAUUCUCAAUGUAUAUUAGGCUUUUUGAUUUGUCUAGCUUGGAUCCUCUCUGUUUGCAAUAAAAAAAAAAAAAAAAAAAAAACCAUGAAUGGCCUCUUAGCUUUCUAACCACUAACUGAAUUAUUAAA